CAGCACAGAGGGAAGAAGAAGAGGAGAAAAAAAGGAAACUGACUGAAGCUUUUUUUCUGACUUUUUGAAACACCGGGGAACUUUUUGUCCAUGUCACUAGCAAACCUGAGGCCAACUUACCCAUCAGCCUGCAGCGAAGCUCUUUGCCUUUUCUACGGAUUAAUAUAACCAGACCGGGAUUCGAUAGCCUGGUUAUGGAUUUUAACCUGCUGACUGACAGUGAAGCCCGCAGCCCGGCGCUGUCGCUCUCUGACUCCGGGACCCCGCAGCACGAGCCGGGAUGUAAAGGCCAGGACACCAGCGACACAGAGAAAUCCCACCAGAAUCAGCUGGAUGAGUCGAGCGCUGAGGACGGCUCUCUGAAGAAGAAGCAGCGGCGGCAGAGGACUCACUUCACCAGCCAGCAGCUCCAGGAGCUGGAGGCCACCUUCCAGAGAAACCGCUACCCCGACAUGAGCACCAGAGAGGAGAUCGCAGUGUGGACCAACCUCACAGAGGCCCGCGUCAGGGUAUGGUUCAAGAACCGGCGUGCCAAGUGGAGAAAGCGGGAGAGGAACCAGCAGGCAGAGUUAUGCAAAAACGGCUUUGGAGCCCAGUUCAACGGACUCAUGCAGCCCUACGAUGACAUGUACACGGGCUACUCCUACAACAACUGGGCCACCAAGAGCCUAGCAAGCAGCCCGCUCUCCGCCAAGAGCUUCCCGUUCUUUAACUCAAUGAAUGUAAGCCCUCUGUCAUCCCAGCCAAUGUUCUCACCCCCCAGCUCCAUCCCCUCCAUGAACAUGGCCUCCAGCAUGGUGCCCUCAGCGGUGGCUGGUGUUCCAACUACAGGGCUCAACAACCUGGGCAACCUCAACAACCUCAACAGCCCGUCGGCACUCAACUCAGUAGCAGUGACAGCAGCCACAUGCCCUUACGCCACCACAGCUAGUCCCUAUAUGUACAGAGACACCUGCAACUCCAGCCUGGCCAGUCUGCGGCUCAAGGCCAAGCAGCACGCCAACUUCGCUUAUCCGGCAGUGCAGAACCCCGUGUCCAACCUGAGCCCCUGCCAAUAUGCUGUGGACCGGCCGGUAUGAAGGAGCAGCUUCAACGAGGACCCCUGACCCAACCGACCAGCUGUAAGUCCACUAUCACCCAAGCUAACAUCUCCUCAGUUCCAUCUGUAAACUGCCAGAUGUGAUGCAGGCUGGCGGAUUGUGUUUUGAUGGUACUCUCAGAAUAACCUUUAAAACUGACAAACAAACAAGUAGACACGCCCAGAUGGACCACCGUGCUUCAAAGGAAUUCUCUCCAGAUUGUGAGACUUUGUCGCUGAACUGACCAACUGCUUCAAAGGAUUUCUAAAGAUUAUAAUCCACUUUUUUUUCCUUCUUUUGAACUGCAUGAUUAGAGUAAACGUAGAAAUCAAGGGUAAAUAAAACAUGGAUGCUUCAACUGGACUGGUGGUCAACAUCUUGGCCCAUGAUACCAAAUGUGAUCUUUGCUUCUAUGGCAGGAAAACGGACCUGUGGUUGCAAUGCGGGAGAAAUGGAGGAUGUAUAUAAUGGACUUUUUUCUGUUUUGUAUGUGACAAAAAAAUAUAUGAAAACGUACUUUAAUGAUGAGAAAAGCAUGUUCUUCAAAAGCAAAAGGCCCUAGGUUGAUGUGCUAUGAGCACAUCCUUUAGGAACUUGAGACUUUUUGGUGAAUUCUUCUCCCCAUGGAAGGUCAUAUGUCAAAGGUCUGCUUGGGUGAGGGGAGGGUGGAGAGUGAACACAUUAACCUCAAGUGGUGAAACACAAAAACAACAAUUUAGUCAUAUAACAGAAUAUCAGCAAGAUUUUUUUUCAAGUAAAACUAAAAAGCCAUUGACUAUAUAGAUUUGUGUGCUGUUAUACAAAGGGAGUCCAUGACUGUAAAAAAAAAAAAUGUAUGUAAGAGUGCAGUUGUCAUAACAAAAAAAAAAAGAAACAAGCUUUUUUUUCCCGAUGUAGCCUGCUUUGUCUCAUUAAAGAAACAAUUAAAGGAACCGUUUUUAUGAACUACAAAUUGCCUUUG